CCGAACUGGUUUCUUUUUAGAGCUGAAGGUUGCUCUGUGAUGUAGUGCUGUAAAGUUGUACACACUUCUCAUGGGAGAGCUGCGGCCCGCUGCCAAAGUUACAUAGUGCAGCGAACAGGCAACCGGAGGCGCUCUGUGGACAUGAGCGAGAUGCUUUUCUCCCUAUUAAAAGUUAUUGUACUUUUAGAUCAACUUUCAAACAAUUGUUUAAAGCUGAAAGAUUACAUAUUGUUGCUUUAAAUUCUCCCUUCUUUUUUUUUUUUUUACUUUCCUUACAUUUCUUUGACGUAAGAAAAGAAUAGGAUUUACAAAACUAUUGGCCACUUCCCAAUAACAUGCAGUUAAAUAUAACAAUAUAACAACAUAAUCUAUCUAUAGAAAAAAAUAAUGUUUUCCAAGUGCUGCAUGUAGCCAGCAACAUCACUCAGUUGUAGCCUUGUGUUUGCAUUCUUUAUAAUGCAGCUUAUUUGUGUCAUGAUGUACAAAUGAGAUCUCGCACCUGAAAGCUCAUGGGUACGAUUAUCACCAAGACACUGAACGCAACGCAGGCAUUACGCGCAGAGCGGGCACUGAUUACGCGGCUCGGUCUCUGAUUACGCGGCUCGGUCUCCUUGGCAACCGAAGUAAAGAGAGCAGCCUGCUGGACGGUGGAUCCCGAAGAAGAAAGUUUGUUUUUUUGUGUCAUGGCAGGGCACGCAGGUGUAAUUAUCUAACAGGUCUCUCCUGGUAAAGAGGUUCUUAAUCUCAAUGGGACAAACCUGCUUUAAUCAAGUCAUAGCCAUGUCCGGCGGUAGCAAGGCAAAGAAGGGGGAUUUUGGAGGCGACAUCCACAGACUGCUGCAGGCUGCUGAAGCUGGUCAGAAGGCGGAUAUCCUGACCUACUCCUCAGGUCACCUGGGGCCUCGUAGCCUGAACCAGAGCCUGCCCCAGAGGGAGGUGAAGAAGUCCUUUUGGAGGGCAUCUCAGGGCCAGGAUGAUCCUCUAGGCCCUCUGACACACCGGCAGAAACAGAUUUAUCCACUGGCCGACAUAAAGAGGAAAGAAGUCAAAGAAGACCCUCCCUCUAAGUUCUCCACUUGCAGAGCCUUAGUGCAGUGUGAGGUCUCAAGGUCAAGAGAGGAUCCAAUGACUGAUUGUUCAUCACAUGCUGACAAAAGAGAGGACGAUAUAAGCCUACCUGAGAUUGUUUGUAUGCCCUCAAACUCCUUGCCUGUGCAGGUGAGAGCCCAUCCCGAGAAAAGGUCAGACUCUCCUCCUGAUCCGGCGGGGAAACUGCAAUCGAGCGCAAGCCUCUCUGACCAGGAGGGCCUGAAGGAUGUGGGACAGGGAGGGCCGAAACAACUCUUAGGCAGGCAAGUCAUCACAAAGCAGCAGGAGCUCUGGGCUGGAAUAAAUGUUGCUGAAACACAUGAGAGGAAACUAAAAAGGGAGCUGAAGAAGCUGUCAGUGCACAGCCGGCCCAGCAGAGACCGCCUCGCCGUGUUCAGUGACGUCUUUGAUGAUGUCUGUGACGGCUCGCCAGUAUUUGGACGCAUCCUGAGGGAAAUUAAGACGGAGUAUGAUUUGUAUGUCAACCACCUGAUGGCUUCCCAAACACCUGACAUGUCAAUCAAAACAUCACUUAAAGAUUUCAGCGAUGGCAGAGUAAGAGGGAUGGAGCUGGAAGACGCUGAAGAGGAGGUCUGCAGGCUCGAACAGGAGGUCGGAGGAGCUCUAGAGGACAAUCAGCGAGUUCAAAAUGAAUUAGAGAUUGUUCAAGCUAAAAAAUGCCCAGAGGACAGUGACAUGACGGAUCUAGCUUCGUCAAAGCUGGGGGAAAGAGGGACGACCAUCGACAGCGUCCAAUCCAAGAGGCUUCAGGUGUUGAACAUGUGGAGGGAGGUCCAACAGCUGGAGGAGGAGAUGAAGGAGAAACUGGUACCGGCUGCUACAACCACGAGCACACAAAGAUGUAUCAAAGAUAAAAAGACUGAGAUAAUGAGACUGAUAGCCUCAAAUCACCGUCUGAAGGCCGCCAACAAGGAUCUGGAGAACGACAUCGACAUGCUGCUGGGCAGAGAGAAAGCGAGCAAGGCCUGCAGACGGAUGUUGUGGCAAGAUAUCCACUGUGAUCUACAAACAGACUGAAAACCUUCAUCAGCAAGUGAACCUCAGGAUGAACUCUUGAGAUUAAAAAAUCAUCUUUAAACCCGCCUACUGCGUUAUCGUAACACAUCUAAAAAGUAUCUGUAUUAGAAAUAACACAUUAGAUC